GCUAAAUUUGAUGCGCAACUUUCUCAAUAUGAUGAGUCAGACCGUACACCAGCUCUUCGGGAUCAAAUUUUCCACAAGUUGUUUGGAGAAGAUGGACAUGGAUACUGCAAGACCUACGGUACUAGUGUGCCUCGAAGUUUAGUAUACCAAAAAGACACAAGCUCAUCCGAUACACCAAAUUCUGCUUUCAUUGAGAAAAUAUGUCAUGUUGUGUGUGAAAAAUUAGAGCCGCAAAUUAAAGCUGAAUUUGACAAGGUUCAUGCAAGGAUUGGUUUGUUGGAAUCACAAGCCGAUAGUGUUCCAGACACGUCUAGUGCACAUCAGUUGUUGAGGGAGUUGGAUGAAGAAAUACCUCCACGGUCAAUUGAGAAGUCGUCCAUACCAUCUCCAUCUACCUUGCCUUCUAAUGAGGUACUAUUGAAAUGGUAG